CGCGCCUCUCCGCAUCCACAUCCGAACCAUGGCCCUGUUGCUGCAGCUGCUGCCUCUGCUGCUCUCGCGGGCCCAAGGGGACCCCGGGGCUUCUCUGGACGGCCGCCCUGGGGACCGGGUGAAUCUCUCCUGCGUAGGCGUCUCGCACCCCAUCCGCUGGGCCUGGGCGCCUAGCUUCCCGGCCUGCAAGGGUCUGUCCAAAGGACGCCGCCCAAUCCUGUGGGCCUCGUCGAGCGGGAUCCCCACGGUGCCUCCCCUCCAGACCUUCGCUGGCCGCCUGCGCUCCCUGGACCCUGGAAUCCGGCGGCUGGAGCUGCUCUUGAGCGCGGGGGACUCGGGCACCUUUUUCUGCAGGGGCCGCCACGAGGACGAGAGCCGUACGGUGCUUCACGUUCUGGGCGACAGGGCGGACUGCAGGGCCCCAGGGACUACCCCCGCGUCCGUGUAUCCCCAGCUCCUGAUCUCGCUGCUGGGCGCUGGGCUGCUGUUGGGACUGGGAGCUUUCGGCGCGGUCUGGUGGCUGCGCAGGCGCUCGCCCCCACCCCCGCUUCGACCGCUCCCCAGAUUUGCUCUGUCCCCCCCACAUAGCUCCAUUCGUGAAAGCGGAGCCCCCGGGGCCAGUAAAGGAGGAGGAGCCCAGGAUUCCAGGGGACUUGGACCAGGAGCCGAGCCUGCUCUACGCGGAUCUGGACUAUAUGGCCCUCCGAAGGCCCCGCCGGCUGUCCACAGCGGUUCCUGCUGAUGCUGCCACCAUCUACGCAGUUGUAGUUUGAAGGGAAGCCUUCACUGCAAGCCUCCCAAGCUGGGGGCUCCCAGCUCUCCAUAAUCCCUCUCCCCUUCUUGGGCCCUCACUUGGAAGAGGAAGGCACCAUGGGAUAGAAAUGAGCACUAGACUGGGAGUCAGGAGACCUGCGUUCCAGGCUAUCUCUGCCACUGAUCUUGCUCCUUCACUUACUCCCAUCUCUCCUAUAACUCCCAUGUCUGCUUCACCACUGGUGUCCUCUCUAAACCAGAUCAAGCCCUAUCUCCCCAUCUUAAGACAUCAGUAUCUCCUAGAUUGUUGCCCUAUCUCUUCCCUUCCCUUCACAGUCAAGCUUUUUUAACCAGGGGCAUACAUGUGUCUCUUCCACAUUCUUCUUCACUCUAUCCUCACUGCUCAUCUGCUGAAAUUGCUCAUCUGCUCUGUCUCCAUAAGGUUGCCAGUGAUGCCCUAACAGCCACACCCAGUAGACAUUUUUUAGUACACAUUUGGCUUGGCCUUUGAUUACUCCCUUCUUUAAGCUGUUUUUCUUUGCUGCUUGUGUCUUCCUUUUGGACUCCUCUUCCUUAUUCCCUAUCCUCAGAGUAUUCCCCACCAUUCUAGGUUUGUCCCUUUCU